AUGGCGAGUUAUACAAUGCGACGCAAUAAUCCGCAUAGGAAAGGUAAACCAGAUGAUCAAUGGUCGCCUUCGACGGAGCCUUUCUUACCUCCUACAAUCGAUGACGAAUGGAUAUGCAAGAAAUGCUACGCUGUCGACACUUGCAUGCUCUAUCGAAAGGCUGUAGAGAACGUCAUAGACGUGGAUUCGCCGAUCGCCGAUAUUUACGAACUGAAAACCUCACACUUAACUCCUUCUCAGUCUGCAUUUUUCAAGAAAUGGGAGGCCCUGAUAUCCCUCGAGGAACAUGAUAUUGUCAGAUUUAGGAAGGAACUUUGGACACUUCAUGCCCAAGAACGCGGCAAUAUUCAUCGAUGCACAUACCGCUUCGUUCGAGAGUCGAGGAUGAGAGCAGGGAACAGUAAUCUGCUAGAGGGACAUAUGAAUAGCGGCGAUGCGAUCACUGUCUCGGUCGAACCUGACCUACUCGCGCUCGCUCGGGGGUUUAUUUUGGAGUUGACUCCACACGACAUCGUG